AGAGCAGCAAGCGACACCAGAGUGUCAAUUCAACAUCAAACGGUGAUCAGACGAAGAAACGCAACUUUUCGUCAAGGUUUGUCCUGGACUUAAUCAAACAGUGCGGAGAAUGUCUUUGGGUGACCAGCAGUGGUAUCCCACCAGCGCACAGGUAACGUUGCUCCAAGCGCGACACCUGCGCAUCAAGGGCAAAAAUGGCACGAACGACGCCUAUGCCAUCAUGCAGGUGGGUAAGGACAAGUUUUCCACGUCGGUGGUGGAGAAAUGCGUUUCUCCCGAGUGGAAGGAGGAAGCGACGUUCGAUCUACCGCUGUUUCAUCAUCAGGGGAAUGCAGAGCGAUGUACGCUGUACAUCAUCGCAAUGCACCGAGCCCUGGUGGGGCUGGACAAGUUUUUGGGGCAGGCUGUCAUCAACCUUCUGGACCUACAUGCCAACAGAUCGUGCAAAAAGACAGACUGGUACAAGCUGGUGGAUAAGAAUGGUAAACAAGAAAAAGACAGAGGUGAAGUUCUCUUGGACAUCCAAUUUAUGCGGAAUAACAUGACGGCCAGCAUGUUUGACCUCUCCAUGGCAGACAAACCUCGGUCCGGCCUUGCCAAGCUCAAAGAUAAGAUCCGCGGUAAGAAGAAAGAUGGCUUCUUGGAUUCUGCCUCCGCAAUUGUGCCCUCUUCAGUGGCAUCAGACAGUGAAGAGGAAGACAAUGAUGUUACAGAUUCUCCAAAGAAGAAAUCAAAACUGAAAACCUUGUUUGGACCAAAGACAAACCUCCAGAGGAAUGUAUCUCAGUCCAUGUUCACACUGGGCGCCCUCCCUGAGAAGAAUGGUUCGCUUAGCAGCAGCAAAUCGUCAGGCCUUAAUGUGGAAUCGCCUGAUGUGAAAAAGAAGUUUAAAAUUCUGGGACACAAGCGCACCAGCAGCACAGAUAGCAAAGUAUCUCUAGGUCCCUUUUCUCUUCUGAGCCGCUCUAAGCAGAACAUUCAAGAGCAGAAUAACCUCUGUAUCAACGGGAACCAUGUUUAUGCAGAGGACCAAGAACCUAAACCUGGUUUCGGGUCUGAACUCAGUCUGAACAGCUUAGGAAAGGGUUCAGUAGAAGAUGUUUGUAAAUACCAUCGACGGAACACUUCCGAUGUCUCCAUCGACUCAUUUAAAGGUCUGAGUGUGCCCUCAUACAAACCUGAGGUGAAAGACAAAGCUUCACAGCGCCCUCUAGAGGACAAGACUCACCUAGAGUUGGAGGAGGAGAAUACUAAGAAACCACAAGGAAGAAGCGUUCAAGAGAUGCUCGACCGACAGGAAGAGCAGGAGAGGAGGAGGCAGCAAGAACGAGAGAAAAAACAAGUGGAGGAGAAUAGGAGACUGGAGGAGCAAGAAAAGAAGCGCAAGGAAGAAGAGGAGCAGCAGAGAAAGCGACGUGAGCAGGAGGCACAGAGAGCUGAGGAGCAACGGCACCGGGAGGAGAGCAGAGUUACAGAAAGGCUCUCCUCUUUCUUCGGCAUUGGAAAGAAGAAAGAGGAGAGGAAGGAGGAAGCAAGCCCUCAAGCUAUGAUUGAAACCAAACAUCUGGAUAUUUCCUCCUCUACAAACCGCUUUGAAGAGAUUCCCCUCACCCCGGAACCUUCAGCCUUGGAAGAAAGAUUCGUCGACCCACGGAGGGGCAUUCGGAUUCCCCUCAACCCGACGCCACCCAGUCGCCUAGCAAAAGUAUCUGCAGUCAAGCCGAGAUUGUCCCUGAGUGUGCUGCCUGAACCAGAUAAUAGCAAUUCCCAAUCUCCCUCAAACUCUAUAGAUACCCACAGCACUAUCCACUCUUCCCCACUUUCCCCAUCCCUUCCUAGUGAUCUGUUUGAGUCUAUGGGUAUGUUCUCUGAUCUUCAUUCUUCUCUGGCACCUGGGAAACCUCAGAGAAGUUACAGUGAGUCCCCUAGAAACAGCAUGGAAAACCUAUCAGGAGUUGGGUCUGCUCCAAAAAUUGAAAAGAAACGAAGGGCUCCCCUACCCCCUGAUUAUCCUGGUGGUUCGUCCGGGACUGGGAGCCACCAUCCAGAUAAUGGGGGACAAGUGCAAACCCAGAACUCCAAAGAUGGUCAUAGGCCUACUCUUCCUCUCCCAGACUAUGAAUCCCUCUACCUCAAGAAAAGGCAUGGGGUGAUGAGUCAAACACUUUGGGAACAUGUUAUUGCAGAGGUAAACCAGAGAAACUGGGAUCUUUCCGAAGAAAUUAAUGUUGAUGGGCCUGAACAGUCUAUGCUAAAUAAAUCUGUGGUUUUAAAGGAUAUAACCGCAGACAGCCGUAACCAGCACCAAAAGAGUUGUGAGACACCUCCCCCUGCCACCUUGAGGCACAAAGAAGCACUCAUCCCACCCAAAGCAACUGCUUCAGCCAUACCAAAGCCACUGAUUGAAGGUAAUGUCCAGUAUAGUCCCAUCAAAGAGCUUAUAUUUUCUACUGUUAAUAAGCCUGGCCGCCCUGCUUCCAAAAACUUGGAAAACAUCCCAUCUCCAACUGGUCAGAAUCGACAUAUGCCUCAAGAAACUGAAAGGAAGAUGGAUGUUGUUACCCAUCAACCAUCCCUGUCAAAUGAGAGGCCAACACCAGCUGCCAGAGCUGUAACUAAUCUAAAUUCAAAGGCUGAUAAGGAAUCAAAUUCUGAAGAUGUGGCUAAAGAAAUGCCUUCGGUCAAGCCCAGACAAUGCACAUUAAACAAGGAUCCAGUCAUACAAGUCCAACCGGACAAGCUGGUUACAACUCAGCCCCUGACUUUGGAAAACAACCAGGUUGAAAAGCCACAGUAUGGUACCAUAAUAAGUGCAUCCACAAAGAAUGGUCCUGACCAGUGGGAAAGUUUCUCUUUGGAGGAGUUAGAUGAAGCAGACCACUCCAAAACCGAUAUGCCAGAAGAAUGGCUUGUGGGACUUACCAAUGAACCUAAAAAGGGGAUGAUUGGUCUUGAUCCAUUCCCAAAUGAUAACCUAAUAUCUAAUGACCCCUGGACUUUACCACAGCAGAGCAUGAAAGAUGACCCGUUUACUGGGGACCCAAGGAAAAUGGAAAAUUGGAAAGAUCAGACAUUAAACCAUUUUGAUGACAAAGAUAACCUAUUUGCAAACGCAGCGACAACUGAUCCAUUCGCACACAUUUCUGAGAACAGCACACCACCAAAACAAGAACCCAGAAAAUCACCCAGCUUCACUGAUCAAGCCAGAGCCACAUUCCAAAGAAAUUUUUCACUUAAAAAGAAAAACUCAUCUCGCCCAAACACAAGUUCUGGGAAAGCUCUUACAGAAAAAAGUAGCCUGGGUAAAUCGGUUUCUCAAUCUUCACAGGAUGCUGAUGAUGUGGAGCUGACUGUAACUAGUUUUGCUCCACUGAGCAGAACUGAACCCACUCUGAUGGGUGGCUCUUCUGGGGGCAAGACAGCUCUGCACGCUUGGGUCUCACCAUCAGAGGCUCAGCCCGUUACGCUGCAGGGUGGUAGUGGAAGUGCAGUCUCAAAUCCACGAAGGCCUCAUCCAGUGAAACCUAUGAGCUUAGAAAGUCAAGCGCUCAGUUGUCUUGCUGUGGGGAAAGAUAUGAAGACCAUCAAAGAAAUGGCUGAGAAGUCAAAGAAUGGAGAGAGUGGUCCAUACACCCAGCUCACACAGGAGGAACUGAUCACACUGGUGGUGAAGCAGCAGGCUGAACUCUCCAAGAAAGACACCAGGAUCUACGAGCUGGAGGAUUACAUUGAUAACCUGCUGGUUCGCGUCAUGGAAGAGAAACCCAGCAUCCUGCUUUCACUCCAGUCAAAGUGUUAGGGCUUGAUCCUAGCAUUUCACUUGACUACACCCAGAUCAUAACGCUAUGACACUAUAAUGCUGGGGAAUUUGUCUAAUAUAGCCAUAAGAAUUUUGAAUUUUAUUCCAAACGUAACUCACAUCUCAUAAUAGUUUUUUUUUUUUUUUCCUUGAGUACCUAAUUUGUAGUAGGGUUGCUGGCAUAUUCACAUUCUAAUUUUGUACUAUCCCUUAAACAAAUCACUGUGGAAAGUGAAUUAGUAUAAUAUACUAGGUCCAAAAAGAAGAUGCCAGAAUGCUUCAGUUUUUUGCAUUCUCAAUGGUCUGUUGUUAUCGACUGGAUACAGGGGUAUUAUUAUUAUAAUUAUUAUUAUUAUUUUCCUCACAGGAGCUGGGUAUGAGCUCCUUGAAAAGCUCUCCAACAAUGAAGAGAGCCUAUUUAUCGAUGAUCCAGUUUUGUUUUUCUGUGAACAGCGAUCUGUCCAUUUAGGUAAAUAGAUGCUUUCCUAAAUGCAUUAUUUAUUUAAGCAUCUCAAGCUUGUAUAUAAAGACUUCCCUUUUGCCUGAAAUGAUUUGUGUUCUGAUCAUGACUGCUGCCUAGUGUCUAUAUCAGAAUGCUUGCAUUACUGCUGAUGCGGCCUUAUCUCUAUUGGGGCUCAAGUUCAAAUUAAACGUACUGUUGCUGGCGAUAUGCUGGACAUUUAGACUAUAAGCACUUUGUACUUGAAUUGGGUGUUUUUUUUUAUGAAGGAUUAAUGUUUUAUGCUGAAGUAAUUAUCUGAGGUACACUGAUGCUCUGUAGAAAUGCCUUAAUGAAGAAUUAUUUUUGUUACCUGUGCGUAUAAUGCUAUUGAAAAUUCCUUUGUUUAAACACUGGAUGUAUAGAUACCCUACUGCAUUUUCAUUGCGCUGGCCAAUUUUGGGCAAUAUUAGGAAAUUUUGCUCAUUUUAAGGUUAUAAAAUAAUUUGACUAUUUUUCAGCUUAGUUGGCAGUCAGCUGUUAAAUCAAUCAAAUUCAAAAUAGUUUUUAUAUUGCAGUGAAAUUAUUGAGCUGUGACUAAUUAGCGUUCUUUGUGAAGACAGUCUUUUUGACUGAAAGACGUCUGGUGACAUGAAUGUUUUGGAAACAAUGGACAUUUGAGGGAGUAUUUUCCGUUUGUGCAUACUCUGACAUACUGCAGUUCUUUAAUGAACAAGCAAUAACUGUUUGCAAAAUUUCAGGCAAUACGGUACUUACCACAAACUAGGAUCAUAUGCGAUGCAAGUAACAUGUUGCCUACAGCACAGUCUGCACAGUUUGUUGUGGAAACAAAGAUCUAUGCAUUAAAAAUACUCUUACCCUACUAUAAUCCACCAUUAUGCACCAGUAGAUAAAUUCUUCUUUUAAUAUUAUUUUAAUUAAUGUCUUGUAUUUGUUUGGACAUGACUAAUUUGAAUUGUUUUAGUCCUCAAACUGUUUGUUUUUUUGUUUUUUUUAUCCAUGUUCAUUUUAACCAUCAGACUUCACAUCCAAGAGCUUCCAGAGUUUCUCAUUCAGCUGUUGUCUAUAAUAUUGAGUGAGUUCACUAAACUAGCAUUUUGACUGUGACCAGACUCUGUAUGCCAACAGAUUCCUUCAUUUCUGAAUUUGCAUAUGAAGCCUUACAUUUAUGUUAUUUGUUAAGCAUUUGUGUACAACAAAUGAUGUUUUGUAAACCUGUGCCUUCUAUCUUCAAGAUUCCACAUUUCCGCCUUGAAAUGUCUUUUGGAUGAUGUAUUAAUAUACUGGUUUAUUCCUUUACUUCAAUAACUGCAUAAAUGUAAUUUUAUUUUAAUUAAAUAAAACAUGUAGC